GUCACAACUAUUAUAUAGUGAAAAUUCAAAAUAAGAAGCAAUUUUUUAUCUGAAUUGCUUUAUUUAUCUAAAAAAGUAUAUAAGAGCUUUUGAAUAUUGAACUUUAUUAUCAUUUCGGUUUGGUGCAGGUGACAUACAACUAUAGCGCCCAAGAAUAUGUUUUCCAAAGUGCUAACUGUAGCGCUAGCUAUAGGACUGGUCAACAGUUUGACCUACACCGUUGACACUGAAAACGAGGCUCUAUUUACCAUUAAUGACCGGUUUGUGAGUGCUGCCCUGGACACUGGCUUACUAGACUCCGUUAAUUUAUCGAACCCGCGUUUGGUUCAACUGGCCAAACACUUAACGGACACGGCCCCGAUGUACUUGCGAAUCGGCGGUACCCCGGCCGAUACCGUUUACUUUCAAGAUGACACCGUAGAAGGUUCCGGUCCUGGACCUGUAGGGGACAGCCUUGUGAUAAAAGGAUCUUUUUUUGAGGAACUGGUCGAGUUCACGCGCAAAGCCAACUUAAGGCUCCUGUUUGACUUGAACUCUUUGCUAAGAAACUCGGAUGGUUCGUGGGACUCUUCUAAUGCCGAAGUGCUGAUUGCUUUUGCUCAAAAAUUAAACGUCAGUCUCGAUUGGGAGCUUGGAAAUGAACCUGACCUGUACCAGGCUAUAUAUAAGAAAUACGUCACGGCACAACAACUGGGCGCGGACUAUAAGAAUUUACGAGAAAUUUUAAACAAAUAUGAUCUGUACAAGAAUUCCCCUUUGGUUGGUCCCAGUAUGUUCGAUGUCGGUUCUAAUAAAGGAACCGAGGAUUAUUUGACGAAUUUCUUGAAUGUUGCAACUGAGGCUGUACAGGCUGUUACGUGGCACCAGUAUUACUUCAAUGGCCAAGUGGCCACAGUUGACCUGUUCCUAAACCCAUCCACAUUCAACUAUUUAGAGCAAAGAACGAAAGUCGUCACGAGCAUCGUGGGCAAUCGUAAUAAAGUGUGGCUAGGUGAAACUUCUUCUUGCUACAACAGAGGCGCUCCCAAUUUAUCCGAUAGGUUCCUCGCCUCAUUCUUGUGGUUGGACAAGUUAGGACUGGGGGCGCAAUUGGGACUUGACUUAAUUGUCAGGCAAACUAUUUGGGGCUAUUAUUAUCCGUUGAUUAGCGAGGAUUACAAUCCAAAUCCGGACUGGUGGGUGUCACUUUUGUACAAAAAACUAGUGGGCCCCAAAGUGGUUUCCGUGACCCACGACGGAGAUGAACUGAGGAACGUACGCUUAUACGCGCAUUGUGCGCGCGACAGUGAUUUGUGGGGCCAAUCAGCUGUCGUUGUUUUUGGAGUGAACAUUGCCGAUUCCGAACAAGAUUUCUCAUUAAAUCUCUCCAGCGAUGAUAAAGUUUACGAGUACGAACUGACUGCCGACGAACUCUUAUCCCAGUCUGUAAAGUUGAACGGCGAAACUCUCAACUUAAACGACGACGGAGAGUUGCCGGAAAUUAACGCGGCAACGUCGACGGUUACCGAAAAGUACUCUAUGCCCGCGCACUCUAUUAAGUUCUGGGUGUUCCCCAAUUCUAAUGUGCAAGCUUGCCAAUGAUUAAUUUUAAGAGUAAUGUAAAUAAAUAAUUUUAUUUUUGA